AAUAAAUAUAAGUACUACAUUAACCCGUGUUUUCCUGGAUGUUUAAAUCUGUGUUUCUGCCACAGUCAUGAUUUCAAAGCCCUGUGAAGAAGCAAAAUGAAGGCUGCUUUUCUUCUUUCUCUGCUUUGCAGUUUGACACUCACCUUGGCUUUCGUCUGUGGACCUCUCCCAAAAGAGAAAUUUGAGACGUGUGACAGCAAAGGAUUGAGCAACUGCACCAAAAUCGGACGCUCGUGUUACCAGUACUUCCGAGGGCCUCUGUCUUUUUAUUGUGCCAAUGAGUUUUGCAGAAGUCGAGGGUGUGGAGGACACCUGGCUUCAAUCCACAGUUCAAGGGAGAACAACUUGGUCUUUAAUCUUGUGCGGCGAGGGAACCCCUCGAACCCGAGAGGCUGGAUCGGGGGGCUCAGGUUUCCCAAGACUAACCUCUUCAUAUGGUCUGAUGGGACAAAAUGGGAUUAUAAUUACUGGGCAUCAAACCAGCCUGACAACUGGCAAAGCAACGAGGAUUGUGUUCAUUUCACCGAAUACAAUGCCUCACGCUGGAACGACCUGAGCUGCACUACUCCGCAGGGUUUCGUCUGCAAAUUUCACCAUCGAGGCUGAAGACAAGAGGGGCAAUGGAGGAUGAUAACAGCGCUUUUACCACUUUCUGCUUGUUGGAAAUAAAUAAAUAAAUAGUCCUGCAGUGGUAGAAUAGGAGGAGUAAGAAUACACCACGUUAUCGAUGAGUCACGAUACUUUCUUUACAUGAUACAGUAGUGUGCACAUUUAUUAGGUAAGGCUCUGUGAAACCAACCGUAAUGCUAAUCAGAAUGUGUGAAACCAGUCAUAAUGCACCCAUAAUAUGUGAAACCAGCCCUAAUGCUAAUCAGAAUGUAUGAAACCAGUCCUGAUGCUAAUCAGAAUGUGUGAAACCAGCCCUGAUGCUAAUCAGAAUGUGUGAAACCAGCCCUAGAUUACAAUGUUUAAUUCAGAGCUUCAAGACACUCGAAACCACCAGUAGCUGAAAUAUUCAUCUGCUUGACUUAAAGGUUUUGCCCUGCAUUGUAAAAUCAGUUUCAUAGAUCACUAGGCUAUUAACAACGACAGGGUGA